CGAAAUGAACUGAAAGUGCUUCAUUUAGAUAAAAACAUCAACACGUACAACCAAGCUCUGCGUGAUGAACGAUUGUUGUUCGGCUCUAAGAGAACGAAUGGUCCCCUUCUUCGUAACGAGCGAAGUAUACCACUCAAGCCUUGGUCAGAUCGUUCGAAAUCUAAGGAGAGAAAGCAAGAUGUUCCUCCAGUUGUAAACAGAACUGCACAAUUCCCUCGUGUAUCUCCUCCAGGGCCAAAACUGUUUGCGACAACUACAUCGAAUGCGGAUGAACGGAAGCGGACACCUUCCUGUGUCACAGAUCAAACUGCCCGUCAUCCCAAGGAAGGGGUCAUGCCGAAUGACCCGCAUCAUCUCCCUGCCGUGUCCCGCCCCAGUCACAUAACAAUAUUCCCGAUCCCUGUCGCGUCAACUAGUUCAAAUACCGUGCGAGAGAAAUGUUCCACUUCAUGGCACAAACCCAGCAAGAGCGGCGUAUAUGAAGAGGCCUCUCAACCUUCUAAACAAGUGCAAGAAUCCAACAUAGAACGAAGUCGUGGUGCAGCUAGUUCUCAUUGUUCGACGGAUUGUUCGGAUCGACAAAGCGACUCGUUUUCAAAGUACGUAUCGAGGGACGCCGCUGCAUCAGAAACGAAUCCUAAAGUAGGUUCGUCUGCUGCUGGAACGGACAUUGUGGUGGGUUCGCUCUUUUGUCUUUGA